UCCGCCCAACCCUGGAUACCGAGCCGCACAUGCGUAGCGCGAGCUACCGCCUCCGCCCCUCGUAGGGCUCGUGGUGGGGCUACGCGUUCGGCGCUGGUGGCACCACGGUCGGAGCCGCCCAGGAGCCGGUGAACCGAGAAGUCUCGUGAGAGAGGCUCGGGAGGGCAGGCUUAGGAAGAAGGAGCGCCGCGUCCACCGCGGCUGAGGAAGAUGGUGUUCGAGUCGGUGGUCGUGGACGUGUUGAACCGGUUCUUGGGGGACUAUGUGGUGAACCUGGACACGUCCCAGCUCAGUCUGGGCAUCUGGGCAGGAGCUGUAGCCCUGAAGAAUCUUGAAAUUAAAGAAAAUGCCCUGAGUCAACUGGAUGUACCAUUUAAAAUUAAAGUUGGCCAUAUAGAAAAACAGCAUGUGGAGAAACAGGACACUUUCACAGAAAAAUUAAUUACCCAGAUUAUAAAAAAUCUUCAAGUGAAAAUUUCCAACAUCCAUAUUCGCUAUGAAGAUGAUGUCACAAAUCGAGAAAACCCUCUGUCAUUUGGUAUUUCCCUUCAGAAUCUCAGCAUGCAGACAACUGAUCAAUACUGGAUUCCAUGUUUACAUGAUGAAACUGAGAAAUUGUUUCGUAAGUUAAUCCGAUUGGAUAACCUUUUUGCCUAUUGGAAUGUGAAGACUCAGCUGUUUUAUCUUAGUAAUUAUGAUGAAUCAUUGAGCAGCCUGAGGAAUGGCAUUGUUGAUGAAAAUAUUGUUCCAGAAGGUUAUAAUUUUGUAUUUCGCCCCAUAUCUGCUAAUGCCAAACUUCAGAUGAAUCGCAGAUCGGAUUUUGACUUUUCUGCCCCCAAAAUAGACCUGGAUGUUGAGUUACAUGACAUAACAAUUGAACUUAAUAAACCACAGUAUUUCAGUUUUAUGGAACUUCUUGAAUCGGUUGAUAUGAUGACGCAAAAUCUACCAUACCGGAAAUUCAAACCUGAUGUACCUCUUCAUAACCAUGCCAAAGAAUGGUGGGCUUAUGCUAUACGUGGUAUUCUUGAAGUAAACAUUCGCCCCCACUUAUGGAUGUGGUCCUGGAAGCAUAUUAGAGAACAUAGGCAAAAAAUGAAGCAAUAUAAAGAACUGUAUAAAAAAAAGCUAACAAGUAAGAAGCCAUCUGGUGAACUUCUCAACUCUUUGGAGGAGUUGGAAAAGACUUUGGAUGUAUUUAAUAUAACUAUAGCAAGACAACAGGCGGAAGUUGAGGUAAAGAAAGCUGGAUACAGGAUUUUCAGAGAAGGAGCAGAAGAGUCAGAGGGCAAUAAAGGAUGGUUUAGCUGGAUGUGGAACUGGUCAGAAUCGCAUAGUAAACAACAACUAGAUAUUAAACCUGGAAGUCUUGAAGAAAUAUUGACACCUAAAGAAAAAAGUUUGCUGUAUGAAGCAAUUGGCUAUAGUGAAACAGCAGUUGAUCCAACCUUGCCAAAAACAUUUGAAGCAAUGAAGCUUUUUGUUCACUUGAAAAGUAUGUCUAUUAUUCUAAGAGAACAACAACAAAAACCUGAACUGCUAGAUAUUGUAGUGGAAGAAUUUAGUACUUUGAUUGUGCAAAGACCAGGAGCACAAGCAGUUAAAUUUGAAACCAAAAUAGAUUCAUUUCAUGUUACUGGCUUACCAGAUAACUCAACAAAACCCCGCCUCCUGUCUUCAUUAGAUGAUGCUGCAUCACUCUUGAAAAUUAUGUUUGAGAUAAAUCCUUUAGAUGAAACUGUUGCUCAGAGGUGUAUCAUAGAAGCUGAACCUUUAGAAAUGUUAUAUGAUGCAAGAACAGUGAAUAGUAUAGUAGAAUUCUUCAGACCUCCAAAAGAGGUAAAUCUAGCACAGCUGACUUCAGUAACUUUGACAAAACUUGAAGAAUUUCGUGAUAAGACAGCAACAGGUCUGGUAUAUAUUAUUGAAACACAGAAAGUUCUUGAUCUCAAAAUUAACUUGAAUGCUUCAUAUAUCAUUAUCCCACAAGAUGGUAUCUUUAGCCCUACGUCAAAUCUCCUUCUUUUGGAUCUUGGACAUCUAAAGGUGACAAGUAAAAUUCGUUCAGAAUUACCAGAUUUAAAACAAGGUGGAGCCAAUCGUGAAGAGAUAAUGCAUAGAGCUUAUGAUUCCUUUGAUAUUCAGCUUACAAGCAUACAGCUGCUUUUCAGCAGAGUUGGUGAUAAUUGGAAAGAAGCACGAAAACUCAAUGUGUCUGCACAGCAUAUCUUGGUACCUAUGCACUUCAAUGUGGAACUCUCUAAGGCCAUGGUUUUCAUGGAUAUAAGUAUGCCCAAAUUCAAGAUUUAUGGAAACUUACCAUUAAUUUCUUUACGAAUCUCAGAUAAAAAACUGCAAGGGAUUUUGGAACUGAUUGAAAGCAUUCCAAAACCCUCACCUGCAACUGAAGUAAAUGAGCCUGUCAAAUCAUCUCAGGUUCAAAGAUCCACUUCUUUGGGAACAUCACAGAUGUCACAGAAGAAAUUUCCUCUUUUGGAAAUUCCAUGUGUUGAAGAUGAUUCAGAUGAGGAGUUUUUUGAUGCACCAUGUAGUCCGUUGGAAGAGCCUCUUCAAUCUCCAUCUAGAAUUAAAAGUCCUCAACAGAAAAAUCUUCAGAAACCAGAUUGUUUUAAAAAUAUGAUUGAGUAUAAAAUAAGAUUUGAAGUGCCAGAGGUUUUGAUUCAGUUCUGUCACCUUGUUGGAGACUGUGAACUACCUGUGGUAGAAAUUAAUGUCUUAGGAUUGGGCACAGAUAUUGAGCUUAGAACAUUUGAUUUGAAAGCAAAUGCCUUUUUGAAAGAGGUCUGCUUAAAAUGUCCAGAUUAUUUUGAUGAAAACAAGAAACCAGUUUAUUUGAUUACAACACUGGAUAACACAAUGGAAGAUCUCUUAACACUGGAAUAUGUGAAGGCUGAAAAUAAUUUACCUGCAACAAUAUUGAAGAAUGCUUAUAACAGUGUUGUGCAACUGAUAAAGGUGAAUUUUUCCUCUUUGGAUAUUCAUUUACAUACUGAAGCACUUCUGAGUACAAUAAAUUAUUUUAAUAAUAUCCUUCCAUAUUUGGAGGAAAAACCAGCCCCGGUGCAUGUUGUGGAGACUGAAGACAAAGAGGAGGUUGUUAAAAAAAUAACUUUAAAAUCAUCCAAGAAUGAAGAUACUAUUACCUUGCAGAUUUUAGCAGAAUUAUCAUGUUUACAGAUCUUUAUUCAAGAUCAGAAACGUAACAUUUCCGAAAUUAAGAUAGAAGGGCUUGAUUGUGAAAUCAUUAUGAGGCCAUCAGUGACUGAAACAAAUGCAAAGCUAAGGAAUAUAAUUGUCCUGGAUUCUGACAUAACAGCUAUAUACAAAAAGGCUGUUUAUAUUACCGGAAAAGAAGUUUUCAGCUUCAAAAUGGUUUCUUAUAUGGGUGCAACUGCUGGUUCUGCAUACACAGAUAUGAAUGUAGUUGAUAUGCAAGUUAAUUUAACUGUUGGUUGCAUUGAAGUAGUUCUUGUCAAAAAAUUUCUGUAUUCUAUAUUGGCUUUUAUAGAUAAUUUUCAAGCAGGUAAACAAGCCUUAGCGGAGGCAACUGUUCAGGCAGCAGGAAUGGCUGCUACUGGUGUAAAAGAACUGGCACAGAGGAGUUCUAGAAUGGCAUUGGAUGUUCACAUCAAAGCCCCUGUUGUGGUUAUCCCACAGUCUCCAGUUUCUGAAAAUGUUUUUGUUGCUGAUUUUGGACUAAUUACAAUGAAAAAUACAUUCCAUGUAAUAACAAAGAGUCCGACCAACCCCCCACCCAUUAUUGAUUUGAUAACGAUAAAGCUAAGUGAAAUGCGACUAUACAGGACUCAAUAUAUUAAUGAUGCAUACCAGGAAGUACUGGAUCUACUAUUGCCAUUAAAUCUUGAGGUGAUGGUUGAGCGAAAUUUAUCGUGGGAGUGGUUCCAAGAAGUUCCUUGUUUCAAUCUAAAUGCUCAGCUAAAGCCCAUGGAGUUCAUUCUUAGUCAAGAAGAUAUAACGACCAUUUUUAAAACAUUAUAUGGCAACAUAUGGUAUGAAGGUGAUAGUGCUUCACAUGAAGUAGCAAAGGAUCAGUCCAGCGUUACUAGUGGUGCUACUACUGCGUCACACCACGCGGCAGGCACAACUGUAGUGACAGCUGCUGUGGUGGAAGUACAUUCACAUGCUGCUCAAGUGAAGACAGCACUGAAUAUGAGUUUCACAACCGGUUAUCUCACCAUGGUGCUGUAUAGUCCAGGUCCUAAACAGACUUCCUUUACAGAUAUUCGUGAUCCUUCUCUGAAACUUGCUGAAUUUAAGUUGGAGAAUAUUACAAGCACUUUAAAAAUGUAUACAGAUGACUCAAUAUUUUCUUCCUUCUCAUUAAAAAACUGUAUUUUAGAUGACAAAAGGCCUCAUAUCAAGAAGGCAACUCCUAGAAUGAUAGGACUGACAGUUGGGUUUGACAAAAAGGACAUGAUGGAUGUAAGGUAUAGGACGAUCCGAGAUGGUUGGGUGGCUGAUAUAGUCCUUCAAGAAAUGUAUAUUUGUGCAAGUGUGGAAUUUCUGCUGACAGUUGCAAAUGUCUUUCUUGAGGCCUACACUACAGGCACUGCCGUAGAAACCAGUGUUCAAACGUGGCCUGCUAAAGAAGAAGUACCUAAACAGCAAUCAGAAAAGUGGGAAAUGAACAUCACUAUUAAAAAUCCUGAAAUUGUGUUUGUCGCUGAUAUGACAAGAAAUGAUGCUCCUGCCUUAGUCAUUACAACACAGUGUGAAAUAUAUUGGCUAGGUGACUUUGAAAAUGAUACAAUGACUGCUGCCAUUAAAGAUCUCCAAGUGAGAGCAUGCCCAUUUCUUCCAGUCAAGAGAAAAGGAAAAAUCACUACUGUUUUGCAACCUUGUGACUUGUUCUAUCAAGCUACUCAGAUAAGUACAGAUCCACAAGUACUUGAAUUAUCAGUAAAAUCCCUGACACUGAAGGUUUCACCAGUUAUCAUAAAUACUGUGAUUACCAUAACUUCAGCACUUUAUACUGCUAAGGAAACCAUCCCAAAAGAAACUGCUUCUUCUACAGCACAUUUAUGGGAAAAGAAGGAUACAAAAGAUUUAAAUAUGUGGUUUCUUGAAGAACCAAAUGAAGCUGUAAAAAGAGCUCCCAUGCCUGAAUUGGUACCCAAAGGAGAGAUAAUAAAAAUGAACAUUGAUUCUAUUUUUCUGGUUCUUGAAGCUGGAAUUGGUCAUAGAACAGUACCUAUGCUAUUGGCAAAAUCACGUUUCUCAGGGGAAGGCAAAAACUGGAGUUCCUUAAUAAAUCUCCACUGUCAGCUUGAGCUAGAAGUACAUUAUUACAAUGAAAUGUUUGGUGUGUGGGAGCCUUUGCUUGAACCCUUAGAAAUUGAUCAGACUGAGGAUUUUAGACCAUGGAAUCUUGGAAUCAAGAUGAAAAAGAAAGCCAAAAAGGCCAUUGUUGAGUCAGGUACUGAAGAAGAAAAUUACAGAGUACCAGAAUACAAAACUAUCAUCACUUUCUAUUCGAAAGACCAGCUAAACAUUACAUUAUCUAAAUGUGGCCUUAUAAUGUUAAAUAAUUUAGCUGAGGCAUUUACAGAAGCUGCCACUGGAUCUUCAGCUACCUUCAUAAGGGAUCUGGCACCUUUUAUGAUUUUAAAUUCUCUUGGACUUAGUAUUUCUGUUUCACCAAGUGAAUCUUUUAGUGUACUCAACAUUCCUAUGGCAAAAUCAUAUGUAUUGAAAAAUGAGGAGAGUUUAAGUAUGGAUUAUAUGCGAACUAAAGACAAUGAUCAUUUCAAUGCAAUGACCAGCCUAAGCAGCAAACACUUCUUCAUUCUUCUUACACCUGCUAACCACUCUACUGCUGAUAAAAUCCCUUUAACAAAAGUGGGACGACGACUGUACACUGUAAGACACAGGGAGUCUGGAGUUGAAAGAUCAAUUGUUUGUCAGAUUGAUGCAGUGGAAGGAAGUAAGAAGGUAACAAUUCGCUCUCCAGUGCAGAUUAGAAAUCAUUUUUCAAUACCACUUUCUGUUUAUGGAGGAGACACGUUAUUGGGAACGGCCUCACCUGGAAGUGAAUUUAACAUACCAUUAGCAUCUUACCGAUCACUACUUUCUCUGAAGCCAGAAGAUGCAGACUAUCAGAUGUGUGAAGGAAUUGACUUUGAAGAAAUUAUAAAACAAGAUGGUACUUCUUUCAAGAAAAAAUGUAGACCUAUACACCCUUCCAGGAAGCCAUUUAUCAUUAAUAUAGUCCCAGAAAAAGAUAAUUUGACAUAUAUGUCAGUGUAUUCAGAAGACCGUUGGGACUUACCAUACAUAAUACAUUUGUGGCCACCUAUUCUACUCCGAAAUCUUCUUCCUUACAAAAUUGCUUAUUACAUAGAGGGGAUUGAACAUAGAGUUUUUACUCUCCAUGAAGGCCGUUCAGCCCAGCUUUGUACUGUACAGUUGGAUAAAGCCAGGCUACAUUUAAAAUUACUUGACUAUCUUAAUCAUGAUUGGAAAAGUGAAUAUCAUAUAAAACCUAAUCAACAAGAUAUUAGUUUCAUCAGUUUUACUUGUGUUACAGAAAUAGAAAAGACUGAUUUAGAUAUUGCUGUCCAUGUGACUUAUAAUACUGGCCAGACUAUUAUGGCAUUUCAUAGUCCUUAUUGGAUGGUUAAUAAAACUGGUCGAAUGUUACAGUAUAAAGCAGAUGGAAUUCAUCGAAAGCAUCCACCUAAUUAUAAAAAGCCAGUUCUCUUUUCAUUUCAGCCAAAGCACUUUUUCAAUAACAAUAAGGUUCAGCUUAUGGUAACUGAUAGUGAAUUGUCAGAUCAAUUUUCAAUUGAUACAGUUGGUAGUCAUGGAGCGGUUAAAUGUAAAGGCCCAAAAAUGGAAUAUCAAGUUGGUGUCACUAUAGACCUUAGCAGUUUUAACAUUACCAGAAUUGUCACAUUUACCCCCUUUUUUUUGAUUAAAAACAAAAGCAAAUAUCAUAUAUCAGUGGCUGAAGAGGGAAAUGAUAAAUGGCUCACUCUUGAUUUGGAGCAGUGUGUCCCCUUUUGGCCUGAGGAUGCUUCUAAUAAACUUCUUAUUCGAGUUGAAAGAAGUGAAAGCCCUCCCCAUAAGAUACAUUUUAAUAAGGAAGAAAGUUGUAUUUUACUGCGUCUAGACAAUGAGCUUGGAGGUAUUAUAGCAGAAGUUAAUUUGGCUGAGCAUUCUACAGUUAUUACAUUUUCAGAUUAUCGUGAUGGAGCCGCUACAUUUCUGUUAAUAAAUCACACCAAGAAUGACAUUGUUUGGUAUAAGCAAAGUUCCCUCAGUGAAAUAGAAGAUUCCCUCCCUCCUGGAAAAGCAGUAUUUUAUACAUGGGCUGAUCCAGUGGGCUCUAGAAAGCUGCAGUGGAAAUGUGGAAAAAGCCACGGUGAAGUAACACAAAAGGAUGAUAUGAUGACACCUAUAAAUUUGGGGAAAACGACCAUUUAUUUAGUUUCAUUUUUUGAAGGCUUACAACGCAUAAUUUUAUUCACUGAAGAUCCAAGAGUAUUUAAAGUGACAUAUGAAAGUGAGAAAGCAGAGUUAGCAGAGCAAGAAAUUGUGUUGGCGUUACAAGAUGUUGGGAUUUCUCUUGUCAACAAUUAUACAAAGCAAGAAGUAGCCUAUAUUGGCAUUACAAGUUCUGAUGUGGUUUGGGAGACAAAGCCCAGGAAGAAGGCAAGAUGGAAGCCAAUGAGUGUAAAGCACACUGAGAAGUUAGAGAAGGAAUUUAAGGAAUAUUCUGAAUCUUCACCAUCAGAAGAUAAGGUUAUUGAGUUGGACACCAACAUUCUGGUUCGCUUCACACCUGGUGCUUCUAACAUGAAAAUUCUGCAGCCACAUGUAAUAGCUAUAAGAAGAAAUUAUCUUCCAGCAUUAAAAGUAGAAUAUAGCACAUCUGCACAUCAGUCAUCGUUUAGAAUUCAAAUUUAUAGAAUACAGAUCCAAAACCAAAUACAUGGUGCUAUAUUUCCAUUUGUGUUUUAUCCCAUUAAACCACCCAAGUCCGUCACCUUGGAUUCAGCACCAAAACCCUUUACUGAUGUCAGUAUUGUCAUGAGAUCUGCAGGACAUUCACAGAUAUCACGUAUUAAGUAUUUCAAAGUGUUGAUCCAAGAAAUGGAUCUCAGGUUAGAUCUUGGAUUUGUCUAUGCUGUAUCAGAACUUAUGACACCAGCUGAAGUCACUGAAAAAACAGAGGUUGAGCUUUUUCAUAAAGACAUAGAAGCUUUCCAAGAAGAAUAUAAAAUAGUCUCAUUAGUAGAUUCAUCACAAGUCAGUCUCUAUGAAUACUUUCAUAUAUCUCCUAUCAAGUUGCAUUUAAGUGUUUCACUGAGUUCAGGCGGUGAAGAACCGAAAGAUUCAGAACAGCAUGAAGGACUGAUGGCAAUUCGUUCUUUACAACUUUUGCUGAAGAGUAUUGGUGCCACUCUCACAGAUGUACAAGAUGUAGUUUUUAAGCUAGCAUUUUUUGAACUCAAUUAUCAGUUCCAUACAACAGCUGAACUACAGUCUGAAGUAAUAAGACACUAUUCAAAGCAGGCCAUUAAACAGAUGUAUGUACUCAUUCUUGGACUUGAUGUUUUGGGAAAUCCCUUUGGCUUGAUAAGAGAAUUUUCUGAAGGUGUAGAAGCAUUUUUUUAUGAACCUUACCAGGGAGCCAUCCAGGGUCCUGAAGAGUUUGUGGAAGGAAUGGCACUAGGACUGAAAGCACUAGUUGGUGGAGCUGUUGGUGGACUAGCUGGUGCUGCCUCCAAAAUCACCAGUGCUAUGGCUAAAGGGGUGGCAGCUAUGACUAUGGAUGAAGACUACCAACAGAAGAGAAGAGAAGCCAUGAAUAAGCAACCAGCUGGUCUUAGGGAAGGCAUCACUCGCGGAGGAAAAGGCCUAGUUUCUGGUUUUGUAAGUGGCAUAACAGGAAUUGUUACAAAACCAAUCAAAGGAGCUCAGAAAGAAGGAGCAACUGGUUUCUUUAAAGGUGUUGGGAAAGGUUUAGUUGGAGCAGUGACAAGGCCAACUGGAGGCAUCAUAGACAUGGCUAGCAGUACAUUUCAGGGAAUAAAAAGAGCUACAGAGACCUCUGAUGAAGUGGAGAGUCUGCGACCCCCUAGAUUCUUUAAUGAAGAUGGAGUUAUCAGACCUUACAGGUUGAGGGAUGGUACUGGAAAUCAAAUGUUACAGGUCAUGGAAAAUGGAAGAUUUGCAAAAUACAAGUAUUUUACCCAUGUCAUGAUCAAUAAGACAGACAUGUUAAUGAUUACCAGAAGUGGUGUGUUGUUUGUAACAAAAGGAACAUUUGGACAGCUUACUUGUGAGUGGCAGUAUAGUUUUGAUGAGUUUACCAAAGAGCCAUUCAUUGUUCAUGAGAGAAGACUGCGCAUCGAAGCAAAGGAACGGGUGAAGUCUGUAUUCCAUGCCAAAGAGUUUGGAAAAAUAGUUAACUUGAGAACCCCAGAGGAUGCAAGGUGGAUCCUCAGAAAGCUAGAAGAAGCAAGAGAACCUUCCCCGAACCUCUGACAGAGACUACUGCCUGAAGAUGUACAGCAAUAAAUCAUUACAGUUUCUACCUUGUACCUUCCAAAACCUGUUUGGGAAGUGUAGUACAGAAGUAAUUUAAAGUACUUUUUUAAAAAAUUCAGAAUCAAGUAAAACAGCUACAUGAUUCAACUAUUUCAACUCUUUGGGGAUCCGUUUGGUUUUCUAACUUGAAUCAUGCAUCCGGUUAAAUUCUGAUUACUUUAUAAAAGAAGUAUUUCUUUUAUGAAUCUUAAGUAUUUGCUCCAGGUGAUUCUCUGUAAUGGUGGAGAAAUUGCACAUAUUUAGCCUGAAUUUAAUGGAGCUAAAUUGAAUAUUCCUAGUUCACAUUUUAAAGUUCUAUCAUGCUCAAACUCUCUGAAUGAAUGAUAAGUAGAUGAUGAAAUCAGACAUUGCCUUAGUGCUAUCAAGAUAACUUUGGUGGUAGUUUCUUUAGAAACAUGAAGUUCAUUUUACAGAUAAAUAUUUUAGUAUGAUUUUCCUUAUUUUUUUAAAUAAAGGGUAGAUUUAAAUUACUAUUUGAAGUACAUAGCAUGACUAUGAAAAAUAGUCUUUUUUAUUUUAUAUCAUACAAAUUGACAAAUACCUCUUCAAGCCUCAUCUUAAGAAAGGCUUGAAGAAAUGAGUGUCAUACCUGAACAGGGAAAGUCCCUCUCAAAACUUUAAAGCCUUAGAAAUACUUCCUCAAGCCAGCAUCUUGAGAUCUACUUGGUUUCCCAAGGUUAUAUUUUUAAUAGAUUUAAUAGAUUGCUGACCUUAAAGGAAAAUUCCUGAGGCCUUAACAAUACCAGCUUCCUAUUCACUGGUAGGAUGAAAUAAAAUUUUACUGUCUUAAUACAAGUUAUGCUUCAGAACAGAUAGCCCCUCUCUGUACAAAUGUAGGAUAAAUAUGUGUACCCUAAAAUCUAACCUAGUAACCUAUUCUAUUGGCAAUAAAUUGAGAAUUUCUGGUUUGCUUUGUCUUAUUCAAAUGAGAGUCACUCUUUCUAAGUGUAUAGCUCAUCCAAACAAAACCCAUGGGCAGCAAAUCAGUAAAAAUGUCAUGGGGGUUUUUUCCCUUGGUUCUUACCCAAGAUCCUUGUACCUUUAUAUUAAUGAGAGUUUUCAAGUGAAAGAGGAUAAAUACAUGAUUGUAAACCAUGAAGAGAACAAUACAGUAUCUUAUUUAUUGAAUAAUAGAGUAUUUGAUGCAUGUUGUACAUGCCACCAAAUUACUAUAAGCUGUUUUUAGAAUUGGAGACUGUAUAAGAAGUUAAUGGUUGUGAAAUUCUCAUAUUCCUUGAACUCUUGGUUUGUUGUAAAAGCUAAAAUAAACAGCAUGCCAGACUGUAAUUGUAUUUCUUCCUGACCAAGUCUUGCUACUAAAUACUACUGAUUUUCCUCUGAUUAUAAAAACACAUUGUUUAUUAAUAAUAGUUCCUUCAGGAUUUUUUUUUCUGUGCUGAACAUAAUCACAGGAUGAGAAGUUUCAAAUCUCAUGAUAGUGCAUGUUCCCUUGAUGGCCUUUUUUCAAAGUAACAUACUUUUUGUCUUUUGCUGAGCUCUGCCAAUUUUGCAUACAUUAGAAUUAAACCUAGGAAUAGAGGUAGUCAGAAAUCUUUUAUCAGAUUGUCCUCAUCUGAAAUGUUCCUUUGCUGGAGUUCUAGUCAGUGUCAUUAGUCAAGUGCCUCAUUACCUACUCCAGUUUCACGGUUUUAUUCUCAGAAAGAAUAAAGACCCAUCACUCUUUGGGUAUCCCAUGGUAAAGGGGAAAAGUCUUAAUAGUGUAAGGAGAGAAAUCCUUCUGGUAUCCUCUGGAGGCCAGCCAGAGUGGGUCUUGUCAGUAGUACAUAUGCAAAGCCAGUGUGCCUGUUUUUCCUGUUCCCAUGCCAAUGAGAACCUAGAAAUAUCUUUUCUUAUUCUUUCUCCCCCAUCAGUCAUCUGUCCAUCAACACCUCCAAUCCAUUCCUGUCUCUGGAAUAGAAAGACCCACAAUUUCAAAAGCAAUAGUUUCAUCAGUUGUCUUAGAAGCUUUUUUUCAUCUAAAACAAAGAACAUAAGUAAAUCACUAGAUAAUGAGUCAGUCUUUUUUAGCAUAACAUUUUACAGUUUACAGUUAUAUGUUUGAUUCUGCAGUCUUUUUCUUGACUAUUACAGAGUUUAUAAUCUAUGGUAUUUAAAAAGUAACCUACCUUGAAUUAUAUUUAACUAUGUUUAGUGGUUCUCAGCUUGAGAACUUUAAACUUGUCUUCGUUGUUUGGUAGUUGCUGUGGAAAGGGGUCCUGAGUAUUCUGUCCUUCGUCUCUUUCUAUUAUGUGUUAGCUGUUGCCCUAUACCCUUCAUGUAUCCUGAUCUGUGAUUAUGUAUGAAACUGAAGGCAGAGUGUCUGUUCCUAGCCAACUCGCCUCCAGAAAACUAUAAUCACUAAACAUAGCAACUUUGAUUUCUGAUACAAAAAGAAGCUUGUAAUUGCUUCACAUUUACAAAAUACUCCGUGAACCAAAGAGCAUGUGCGCUUCUGCAGUGGCUUCCCAACUACAGUAUGUAUAUUGACUGCUCCUUCUCUGGUGUUAGCAAGACCUUGGAAUUUUUCCCAGGCUCACUUCAGUACAACUGCAUUAUUUUCUGGUCCCUUAAUAAUCAUGAUUAUCUGUGGCAGUCCUUCCCUGUCUUUCUCUCCUCCAUAAUCCUAAUCAAUCCCAAAACUAUCCUGUGGCCUCCAAAGAAGAUUUUCUGAAACUUAUUUGUCAAUGCUAUCAUAAUUAUCUCUUGUCAUUUUUUCCAACAGUAGUAGUAAUAAUACCGUCCCAGUGAGUAUACAUGUACCUAACUCAUCUCUUAGAAAUAUCCUGUGAAGUAGUAUCCUGUUACUGUCUGGUAAAAAGUAAAGAUGCUACUUAGUGCUGAAUUUUAUGAACCUUAUUUAUUCAGUCAUCAAUGACCAGCUUUUGUUGGUACUUUUCAGGCCCCAGUAUUACAAAGAUUGCCACAAGGUACUGGGUUAGUUUGCCUGUAGGAACUGAACGUGUUUGCCAAAUACACUGAAGGUAGAAGUAGCUCUUUGGAAAUGGACGUAUUUAUGCCCCAGCCACCAUAGGUCAGAGAAAGCUGUUUGGAUUCCAGGGCCAUUGCUUUUACAUUCUCUCAAGGUCAGCUAAAAUCCUCAAGGAUGGUGUUUUUCAAACUGUAGGUCUUAACCCAUUAGUGAGCCAUGCAAUCAGUUCAAGACCAGCAUAUUUUCUUAAUGGAAUAGAAAAGAAAAGAGCUUUGCAGGUAACAAGGUUAAAUAUUGUUUUAGUUAAAUAAUUAGUUAAAUAAUCUAUAUACUGUGUAUACUGGGUCACAAAAUGUAAUUUGUUAUUGUGAAUCGCAGUUUGGGGAGGAGGACCCUGAAAGCCGCUGCUGUAGGAGGCAUGUAGCAUUCAGUGAUGGUUGAAACAAUCUGGAUCGUGCCAAGCCUUACUUUACCUUGGGUUAGGCGCAACAGACCCACGACUCAGGGAGUCUUUAGGUUGUGAGCACUGUCUUUUUCUAUUGAGGGAGAAGAUAGGAUAGCUCUUAUUUUGGAAUUGUUUUCCUUUUCUGGUAUAUAUCAGAUGCCUGUGUAAUAUGUCCCACCAAGUAUCAGUGGUCUAGAAAAAGCAUAGAAAAUUGAGAUCCACAAACAGCUCCCCAAAAAGAUCACAGAAUAUCCUUUAAUUUAGUGUAUUUCCUCUUCUCUCCCACUAAGCAUUUUACUAGGAUUGGGCACAGAAGUUCUCCUUUUAAGGAUAUUGACUGCUCCAUCUACCUGCCAUCUGAGUCACCAAAUGGACAAAGGCAAAUGGGGAGCUGAUUCAUAGGUCACAAUCUUUUAGGGCCAAAAUACUUAUUCUCUGCAGAGUGCCAGACAAAUGCCAACACUUUUUAGCUGAAAGUAAUCGAAUUUCCUAAUUUACGUAGGAUUCAAGUAGAAAAUACAGAUAAUUUUAUUCUUUUUGCAAGAUUCAAUGCAAAAUUUGUUGAAUCUGGUUUUCUUUGGUGCUACCCAGUAUCACUGAUCGCUCUUUUGCAUACCCUAAAUGAGAACCAUCCGCCCUCUUGCCCAAUCCUUUGAAAUAUGCUUUUGAAAUUAUACCUUACUGAUAGUGCUGUACCUAAUCAAGCUAGCACUGAUUGGUUAAAAUUUUUAGGAUUCUUAUAAUCUUUAUCUUUGAUCAUUGCCCCAAAUAGCUAUCAGUGCAGACCUUUUCUCCCGCUUUCUGUCUCUCUACCCCAGUUGGUGUAAAGUAGUAUUUGUUCCAGGGCUAUCGUAAAAGGCCAGUGCAAGGACUGAGAAGACACUGGAUCCUACUCUUUUGCAAAACGUCACAUUUCUUUAAUUGAAACCGUUUUUUACCUUAUUUCCUGUUUUGUAAAAUAAAUUGUCCCAUGUCAUUAAAAAAAAAAAAAGUUUCACUUUAGAAUUACAAAUUAGUUCUUUUUUAAAAGCAUUAUGGCAUUUUCCAAAAAAUUGAUAAUUUUGGUUACCCAGUGAGCCAUGUAAGAUAUGAAACUUCAGGUUUUAUAGGUUGAUACUCAUAUAUUUUUAAAGUUUUUAUCACUUUACACAAAGUCAUUUGUAUUAUAGUUUAGCACCUGCUGUGAUGUCUGUCAACCUGAAAACCCGUCAUUGAGCACCAUUCACAUUCAUUUACUGUUGCUUUGAUACCUUUAAUAAUGGGCUCCUUCUCCUGAAGUCCUUGUAACAGGAAACCCUGUGAGAGUGCUAUAAUAAAACGUCCCGUCGUCAGAAGUGAACUUAAAAGACAUCAUGUUAGAAAAAUCCAACAUUUCUUCUUAUGCAGUCAUAGCACUAGCAUUCCACUGGCUACCCAGAAGUUUCCAACUCGCAAGCUGAAGAACAUUAAAGUGAAAAUGCAGACUACAUUGAAAUGCUCUCAUUGUCAGUUUUAUACCUGCACUCACAGACUGUUAGAAAUUGUACCUGGGACUUGUUGCAAGGUCAGAUUGUUAAGACUUUUUAAAAUGGUCCUCUGUAUGUGAAUAUGUAUUUUACAUAUAAAAUUGAAUUUUUCAGGGAAUGUGCACUUUAAAAAUAUUUCCUUACUAAUGUUUGUAUUGACCAAAUAGUCUUUGCUUCUUUGGAAUGCUUAUUCUUUAGUGAAAAUAUGGUUCUUGAUGAUGAUAGUAUUUUAAAUGUCUAUUUCUGAUUCAGUGCAAUAUUUCCUUGUGCUUAUGUCUGACCCAGUUGCCUGUUAUACAGUCCCUGCCUUGAUUUUGUGUGUUCUGAUGAGAUAAUUAAUUUAUAAACACAAAAAUCACAGUGAAGUUCUUGAAAUUGAACUUAGUCUUUUUCCUCCUGAAAACUGGUUCACCAUGCUCACCAAUGACUUUUUUCUAAAUAAUGAUUUCUUGCCAUUGGUAGAAUUGAAUUGCUUGGUCACAUGACUGCCCGGUUUAACUCUGUGUACCUCUUUCAAAUAAAUUGAGUAAAAUAAAAAUUUCUAAUCUUCA